AGAGACCAAAAUGACCCAUCAUCCACAGCGGUAAUUAUUCAAAGAUUACGUGAAGGCUUCUUCGGAGUUUAGAGUGGGCUGUCAAAGCCGACCAACACCACAGAAGCACACAUGGCCGGGGGUAAUUUACAGAAAGCAAUAGAUCUUGCGAGCAAAGCUGCAGAGGAGGACAAAGCCAAAAACUAUGAGGAAGCCCUUCGACUGUACGAGCAUUCAGUGCAAUACUUCCUUCACGUUGUCAAGUAUGAGGCCCAAGGGGAGCGAGCAAAGAAGAGUAUCAGGGAAAAGUGUGCAGACUACCUGGACCGAGCAGAGCAGCUGAAGGAAUACCUGAAGAAGAAGGACAAGACACCUCCUCCCAAGCCUGUCAAAGAGUCCCAGUCCAAUGACAAAGGGGGUGAAGGUGAGGACAGUGAUGAAUCGGAGAAGAAGAAAUUCCAAGAUCAGCUGUCAGGCGCUAUUGUCAUGGAAAAGCCAAACAUCAAGUGGGAUGAUGUAGCGGGACUUGAUGGGGCCAAAGAAGCCUUAAAAGAAGCUGUCAUAUUGCCCAUUAAAUUCCCUCAUCUCUUCACAGGAAAGCGGACUCCUUGGCGGGGGAUCCUACUGUUUGGUCCUCCAGGAACAGGAAAGUCCUACCUGGCUAAGGCAGUGGCCACAGAGGCCAACAACUCUACCUUUUUCUCCAUCUCCUCUUCUGACUUGGUGUCAAAGUGGUUGGGAGAAAGUGAAAAGUUGGUGAAGAGCCUGUUCAGUUUAGCUAGAGAGCAUAGGCCAUCUAUCAUUUUCAUUGAUGAGAUUGACUCUCUGUGUGGCUCUCGGAGCGAGAAUGAGAGUGAAGCCGCCCGCAGAAUCAAGACGGAGUUCCUUGUGCAGAUGCAGGGUGUUGGAAAUGACAAUGAAGGAAUCCUGGUCCUGGGAGCCACAAAUAUCCCAUGGACCCUCGACUCCGCUAUCAGGAGGAGGUUUGAGAAGCGGAUUUACAUUCCUCUGCCUGAGCAAAACGCACGUGCCCUCAUGUUCAAGCUGCAUCUAGGCUCAACGCCCAAUGACCUUACUGAGUCAGACUUUGGGACUCUGGGUGAAAGGUCAGAGGGGUACUCUGGGGCCGAUGUCAGUGUUAUUGUCAGGGAUGCUCUCAUGCAACCUGUCAGGAAGGUUCAGACAGCCACUCACUUCAAAAAGGUCCGAGGGUCAUUGUGGAACAGUCCCGAUGUGGUGGUAGAAGACCUCCUGACUCCAUGUUCCCCAGGUGACCCCAACGCCAUAGAGAUGAACUGGAUGGAAGUUCCUGGUGACAAACUACUGGAACCAGUUGUUUGUAUGUCUGACAUGCUGAGGUCAUUGUCCAACACCAGGCCGACUGUGAAUGAUCAGGACUUGGAGAAGCUGCAGAAGUUUACUGAAGACUUUGGUCAGGAAGGCUAACAAUACUAAACCUUAACUAAUACUAAAUGGAUCUGCUGCUGUCCAUGUCCUUUUCUAC